CAUCUUUUCCUCAUUGCAGAAAAAAAGUGAGACAAACAAAAAACAUUAAUCUUCAAUCUAAGAGAGAGAGAAGAAGAAGAUUUAGAGAGAGAACAAGAAACAUGAAUAACCAGAAUGUAAACGAUCAUAAUCUCCUCAUCAUUUCUCAGAUGUAUCCUAGUGUCUAUACUUCAUCAGUACCACAACAAGCAGGAGAAUCGAAACCAGUACGGCCUAGGAGGAGGAGGAAGAGCAAAAGUGUUGCAGCGACAGAAGGAGGUGGAGAUGGAAGCAAUGGGUGGUUUAGGAAGAGGAAAUUAAGUGAUGAGCAAGUGAGAUUCCUGGAGAUGAGUUUCGGAGAUGAGCAUAAGCUUGAAUCGGAGAGGAAAGAUCGUCUUGCUUCGGAAUUAGGGCUUGAUCCUCGUCAAGUCGCCGUAUGGUUCCAGAACCGCCGUGCACGGUGGAAGAACAAGAGUCUUGAAGACGAAUACACUAAACUCAAGAACGCACACGAAAACGUCGUCGUUGAGAAGUGUCGUCUGGAUUCUGAGGUUCUUCAUUUGAAAGAACAACUCCAUGAUGCUGAAAGAGAGAUUCAACGGUUGGCACAAAGAGUCGAAGGAGUUUCAAGCAACAGUCCAAUCUCAUCAUGUGUCUCUAUCGAAGCCAAUCAAACGACACCGUUUUUUGGAGAUUACGAAAUAGGAGACGACGGUGACGGUUAUGAAAAUUUGUUGUACUCGCCGGACUACAUUGAUGGAUUAGAAUGGAUGAGCCAAUUUAUGUGAAGACAAACUAGCUAGCUUAAUUAAUAAUAACGUUAUGAGUAUAUUGAUCGUAAAAUGUUAGGGCUAUUUGCGAUUACUAGAUUAUUCAUAUGAUCGAUAUCUAUGAUGACGCAGAAUGUAGAUAGAACUAUGGGUCUAAUUCGCUUGUGUAAUAUUGUGGAUAUCUUUCUCCAAACAUUUGAUUGCUUAACCAGUUAGGUCUAAAGCAGCUUUACUUUGUUUGAUGUAAAGGUCAAGU